CGGCGCGCGAGGGCCGGCGCGGGGAUGUUACCUCUGCGGAGCUGGGGCUACCUGCGCGCGCUGCUGGUCCGGGCCCGAGGCGCCGAGCUCUCGGCUGCGUCCCGCAGGGCCUCGGGCGGCUUAAGUGGUGCGCGGGACUCCCCCGCCGAAGCCAGCUGGCUGCGGGGCGAAGUGGACCGAUUCGGGGGCGUCUCGGUGCGGCUGGGCGCCCUGGAUCGCCUGGACGCCGCCGCCUUCCAGAGGGGCCUCCAUGCUGCCAUACAGCAGUGGCGAUCGGAAGGCAGAGCGGCGGUCUGGCUGCACGUGCCCAUCCUGCAGAGCCGCUUCAUUGCCCCGGCCGCCGCCCUGGGCUUCUGCUUUCACCACGCGGAAGCGGACUCUUCCACGCUGACCCUGUGGCUGGGACAAGGGCCCAGCAGACUCCCAGGAUAUGCGACACAUCAAGUGGGAGUUGCGGGAGCUGUAUUUGAUGAAAGUACUAGAAAAAUAUUGGUUGUCCAAGAUCGAAAUAAAUUGAAAAACAUGUGGAAGUUCCCAGGAGGCCUUUCGGAGCCUGGAGAAGAUAUCGGAGACACAGCAGUUCGAGAAGUUUUUGAAGAAACUGGUAUACGAUCAGAAUUCAGGUCCCUCCUGAGCAUUCGGCAGCAGCACAGCCACCCCGGGGCUUUCGGGAAGUCGGACAUGUACAUCAUCUGCCGCCUGAAGCCGCGUUCCUUCACCAUCGAGCUGUGCCCGCACGAGUGCCUGCGGUGCGAGUGGAUGGACCUCACCGACCUGGCCAAGGCCGCCAACACCACGCCCGUCACCAGCAGGGCCGCGCGGCUGCUGCUGUACGGGCACAGGGAAGGCUUCGAGAAGAUUGACCUGACCAUGGACCAGUUCCCAGCUGUUUACACGGGCUUGUUCUACAAACUCUAUCACAGGGAACUGCCAGACAGUUACAAAGUGAUGACGGGAGUGGACUAAAUCAUAUUUACAUGUGUAAAAAUUUUUAGUAAGUUGUAGAUUAAUGUGUGCCAUAUUCUAAGAAUGGUGCACAUUUUGGGUUAACUAAAUCUCUGACUUUAAUUUUCUAAUGUGUAUGAUUUCCAUGAAGAAAAUUUGCAAGUGCACACAUUUUUAAAGCCUCUUUUCGAAUGGAGUGAAUGUAUGGAAAGAUUGUAGCUCUAAGUAAGCGUCACUGGAUAAAGGCAAAUGCUAUAUAAAAGGUGGAAAUUUAUACAUUU